GAAGGCAGCCCCAAUACGCCACCGCCGCGCACAAGCUCCUGAAGGCAGCCCCACACACCAAGCACCAUGAUCGUCUCCCUCGUCGUCGUAGUGUUAGUAGGCAUCGGCUUCACGCGACUCACAAUGCUGGCAUUGGAAUUAAGGGACAACUUCGACGAGGACGAACCGUUAGAUGUGGGGAGAAAACGCGUCGAUUGUCACAAUCGGAUGCGCGCGAUGACGAAGCCGGCCACACUGGUCUUCCGGAACGACAACCAGUUCGAGACGGAGGGCGUGCCGCGCUUCGAGCCCGGGUUGGUGACGCGGACGAUCAACUCCAUCCUGUGUCCGCGCGACGACGCGGACAAAGACGACGACGUCGAGAAGGGAAUUACGGUGAAGGAGGUCGUCACCGACGACUCGGACUGCGACAACCUGCUGGAUCCCACCGAGGCUUGUACUAUUUGUUUUGAAAAAGCAAAAAAUGCGGUGAUUAUUGGGUGCGGCCACGGCGGCCUCUGCUACAACUGUUCGAUCGAUAUUUGUGUGACGUCGGGCAUGUGUCCUUUUUGUCGAGCCGACAUCGGGCAAGUGGUGACGAUCGGGCUCGGGCGUUAUGAAGUGGAUGACGACGGCCGGAAGGUCGUGCCGGUCAUAGGGCCUAAAUAGAUGUG